AUGGGGUACAUACGCAAUCGGGACCUCAUAGCGGAGGACGAAGCCAAUCGAGCUCGCAUCGAUGAAGCCGCGCGUCGUCGAGAGGGAGACGGAGGGAGCGCGUCGAUGCGCGCGCGCGGAUCCGAGGGAGAUCCCUGGGCAGAGUACGCGGCCGCUGUCGAGAGGAUGAUCUUCGAGAAUCGCUCCGCCGGUCAAAAGCGACGUAGAGCCAGGGAAGCGGCUUUGGGCAGCCCACCGAUGAUGCGCCGACGCAGGAAACGUGGCGCGGUUGACGGCGGCGAAGACGCGACUGCGACGGCCGCGAUCGAACACGACAACCAUGUCGAUGAUAUCGCGAGCGAUGAUGAGGGUGACGCUGCCGGUUGGAACGCGCGUCUCCCCGAGCUCCGCUCGGGCGUUCUCAGGCAGGCGGUUGCGUUCGAGGGCUGGCGCGCGAAAAAGGAGCGGCGGCGAUUCGCGAGCCCUGAUGUAGUGCAUACAUUUAAGGCGAUGCUAUGGUCGGCUGUGCAGCGGCCGUUCGGGUCAGAAAACGACGAAUUCAUCGACCAAGCAUCGAGUUUUGAUGACUUUUUGGUCCCAGAGCUCGCGAGCGCGUCGUUAACGGUCGAUACAUCGUGCCCGAUCGGCACAGGCGCAUUCUCGGAGGUCUUCAUAGGAAUCUACGACGGUGACGACGUGAUAUGUAAGCGGUUUAGGUCGGACGUGCGAGGUCGAGACGUUGAAUCAUUUUAUGUAGACGAAUUAGAGAGCGCGCGGGCGUUGAAGACGUGUUCAGGCGUGGCGCCCUUCAUCGGAGCGUGCGGGUUGAUGCAGUGGCUGAUUUGGAAAAACGUGGGAACGAUGACGUUGGAAAAUGCGUUGGAUCUCGGAGACAACGCCCUGGCGAUGGUACGGAAGACGUUGAAUCGAGAGGAGAGCGACGUGGCGACGCUGCGAUUUCUGGCGCGAGAAAUGUUUGAGGCCACAGCGAGCGUGCACGGGUUUGAGUUCAUCCAUCGCGAUAUCAAGCCGGCGAACGCGAUUACUCACAAUCGCGUUGACAAGAUCAGUGCUACGCAUGUAUCCCCGCGGGUUAUUGUGUCCGAUGGAGAGACACAUAGAGAUGCUUUCCUCGUCGCAGGGACCACCAGUGAACGAUUCGAUUUCAAUCGCUUCCUGUAUUUCCUCCACGGUCAUUCCCAUUCGUUCCGCGGCACUCUUCAAAGCCUUUCCAAUCACGCGUCGUCGUCUGUAUCGUUUGAAAACCUCGUAAAUCGGACCGAAGGGUGA